AAAAAAGACAAAUUUGCUACACUUUUGGCGGUUUCCUACGGCCUACCGGAUUUACUAUCUCACCAAAAAGAAAAACUUUAGGUGGGAGGGUUUAUCUAGGGUUUUCCAAGGAUAGCUUCAAUGGCGGAAAAAAGAGGUGAAAACCCAGAACUCCACCAUUUUGGCCAUUAUUUCACAUAAGGAAAGCUAGCCUAGCCAUGCCCUUACCUUCAAUUACAAUAACAACAACAAUGUCAGUUGCACCACUUCCUUCAUCUUCUUCAGCCUUCCACAGAAUCUCCCUUCUUCAUCACACCACUCAUUUCUCUCUGCAUCUUCCCUUUCAUCAAUGUCGCAAUCCUCUUUCUCUCUCCAAUAACUCCCUCCAUUACCGCUUUCCUCAACCUCCGUCUUCAUCUUCCUCAAGUGCAAGCGGAACCGGCGAAUUGCCGGAGGAGGGGGAGGAGGAGAGAGAAUUACUUGAGGUGAUUGCUGAAAUUGUAGCUGAAGCUGGAGUUUCGGAAUCGGAAUCGGUCCGGAUUGCGGCGAAUUCGCCCCAUUAUGCUAAAAUGUUGAGGGAGAGUGUUAGGGAUUUGGAUGAGCUUUCUAUGUGGAAUUCAUGGAUGAAGAAGGAUGGGAAGAUAGAAAUGACCAAUGUACCCUUGUUAUUGUUGAAGGACAAGGUAAAGUACAUUGCUAAGGAGAAGGGUGAUAAUGGGAAAAUACCUUAUUUGGAGAGUAUUGGGUUGAGCUUCUCUUCUUCUGUUCAUCUUGCUCGUCUUCUGUCGUCGGAGUCUCUCUCCUCUCUCAUUCUCAAGGUCAACUAUGUGAAGGAAAUCUUCUUUUCUGGCAGUGAUGAUGAAAGAUUAGCUGGUAAGCUUGCUCGUCGUAUGAUGCAUCACUUGUCAAUUCCAAUAGAUGAGGACGUGCAGCAAACUUUGUCAUUCUUUGAAAAGAUUGAAGCAAGACGUGGUGGUUUGAGUGUGUUAGGAUCCUGUGAUGCUUCCUUUAGGUAUCUUAUUGAGUCGUUUCCUCGCCUUCUUCUGCUAUCAAUAGAAUCAAAUAUGAAACCAAUUGUCAAAUUCUUCGAGAACGUUGGAGUUCCAAGAGAACGCAUGGGAAAUGUUUUACUAUUAUUUCCCCCACUUCUCUUCCAUGACGUUGAAGAACAAAUUAGAGCUGGAUCAUGGCCGUUUCUGAUGGUUGGAGUAUUGGGCAAAAAUUUUGGGAAGAUAUUGGUGAAAUAUCCUUGGUUGUUGUCAACAAGCAUUUUGAAAAACUACAAAGAUAUUUGUGCUUUUUUUGAAGCACGAAAGGUACCAAAAAUCAGCAUAGAGCGAGCAAUCAUGGACUGGCCACUUCUGCUGGGCUGUUCAUUUGGGAAGCUAAAGCCAAUGGUGGAACAGCUCGAUGACCUAGGUGUCAGAACCACAAAACUGGGAAAGGUUAUAGCUACGAGUCCUCAGCUUCUACUGCAGAGACCCGAGGAGUUCCGGAAGGUGGUUGGUUUUUUGCAAGAUUUGGGAUUUGACAAGGAUAGCAUUGGUAAGAUCCUAGCUCGUUGCCCUGAAAUUUUUGCUACGCGAAGCAAAGAUACCCUUCAGCAGAAGCUUGAGUUCUUGACUGGCUUGGGCAUUUUGAAACAAGAAUUGCCUCGGGUUAUAAAGAAAUACCCUGAGUUCUUCGUAUUAGACAUUGACAAAUCUGUCAUGCCAAGACUCAGGUAUUUGAUGAAGUCUGGGUUAACGGAGAGAAAUAUCGCUUCAAUGAUUGUACGAUUCUCUCCUCUGCUUGGCUACAACACUGAAGAAGUCUUGAGACCAAAGCUGGAGUUCCUAGUCAAUACCAUGGGCAAGUCGGUGAAGGAGGUUUUGUACUAUCCCAGAUACUUUAGCUAUUCAAUGGAAAAAAGGAUAAAACCCAGGUUUUUAGUGCUAAGAGGCAUGAAUGUUAACUGUAGUUUGAAAGAUAUGUUAGCCAAAAAUGAUGACGAAUUUGCCACUGAUUAUUUGGGACUUGACGGAAUGCACGUCUCCAUGGGGUAAAACAUCCGAGUUCUGAUGUAAAAAUAUAUUUUGUGCUAAACUACUUUCGUAGAAGUUAGAUCUACAUUACUGUACAUAAUAUUGUCGGGCCCUUGUGAAUAUAUAAAAAUCAAAAUUUUGGUCA